AUGGCUACCAUGAGUUCGACCGCUACCUCCACCAGUGAGCUCAAGCAGAUCCAAAAAUGGAACUCUCGCGUUGAGCUGGGAAGCGUCGAACGCUGCGUCCACGAUGUAAUCGCAGAGAAGACCCAGACAGCCCCAUCAGCAGAAGCUAUUGCCGCCUGGGAUGGCACUUUAACGUACUCCCAGAUCGAUGCUCUAUCGACGACCCUGGCGAGCCGUCUGGUUGAGCUUGGCCACAGCCAGGAGAAAUUCAUCGGCUUGCUGUUUGACAAGUCCAAGUGGACUUCGGUGUCGGUCCUUGCUGUCAUGAAAGCCGGAGCUGCAUUCUUUCUGAUCGAUUCAUCCCUCCCUGACCAGCGCAUCAGACGUAUGUGUGAGAUUGCCCAAGCUUCGGCCAUCAUCACCUCGCCGAGCCUGUCGACGCGAGCGGGUCAGUUCGAGCGGCCUAUACUGGUGGCUGAACACGAAGCCCAAAGAACGGCCACAGCAUUAGCCUCGCUGCCAACGGUCAGCCCCAGGGACGCCCUCUACGUAGCAUUUACUUCCGGGUCAACUGGCGAUCCCAAAUGUGUCGUCAAUACUCAUUCAGGCGCUUGUAGUGGAAUACGACCAUACUCUCGCUGCAUGGGGUUGACCCAGCAAAGCCGGAUGUUUCAACUCUCAUCUUACUCUUUCGUCAUCAGUAUCCUGGACCACCUGGGCGCGUUGAUGAACGGCGCUUGCCUGUGUGUUCCAUCCGCCGAGCAAGUCCAAAAUAGCCUCGCGAGGACUAUAACUGAAUUGAAUGCUAACUGGGCUGAGAUCACUCCCUCUGUGGCUCGGGGCCUUGAACCAAGGAUGGUACAGACAUUGCGCACGGUUGUUCUGGUAGGCGAGGCCACCACCUUGUCCGAUCUCGACACGUGGAGGGGCAGUGUAGAUCUAAAAACGUGUUAUGGACAGACCGAAAAUUGCUUGGGUGCGUUGAUUGACGACAAGACCGAGACCUCGAGUGCAAGCGAUAUGGGGUAUCCAUGGGCAGCGCAUUGCUGGGUUGUCAACCCUAACUCCGAUGACCUCGUUCCCAUCGGGGCUGAAGGGGAGCUUUGGCUCGAGGGGCCAUCCCUCGCGAGAGGGUACUUUAACAAUGCCGAGCAGACAGCGGCUGUGUUCAUUGAAAACCCUACUUGGAUGCAGAAGAUCCGGCCCGGCGAGAGAGCCCGUUUUCUAAGAACUGGAGACCUGGUUCGGUAUCGGCCUGAGACGGGGAUGCUGCAAUAUGUAGGCCGCGGGGGGACCCAGGUGAAGCUGCGAGGACAGCGGAUUGAACUGGCAGAUGUGGAGAGUCACCUGAAAAAGCAGUUCCCCGAGGCAGAUGCAACAAUAGCUGAGGUUGUAAAUCCCAGUCAAGAUGCUAACGGUGCUCUUCUGGUAGCGUUUAUCAUGGCGGGCCAUGCAACGGUGUCUGGUGAUGCCGCCACGGAUGCACCUCUUUUCGCCGAUACAACUGCUGAAUUUUCUGCGCAGAGCCAAAACGCCCUGGCUCAAUUACAAGAUACUUUACCCAAGUAUAUGGUGCCCACCACCGUUGUACCCCUGGCGGCUCGACCCUUGACGGCGUCGGGGAAGCUGGACCGCAAACUGUUGCGGAGCAAGGCUUGCGAGUUAGGGCUCAAGCUUCAGACGUACCACCUUAUAACCGAGACAAAAGCUCAUCGCCCAGCGCGCACGGAGAAUGAGGUUGUGAUUCGAGAUAUGUGUGCCGGCCUUCUGCGCUCGGCUAUAGAGGACAUCAACAUGGAUGCCUCCUUUUUCGAACUCGGCGGCAAUUCAAUCAGCGCUAUGUGGCUGGUUAGUCGUGCCCGCGAAGCAGGCUUUGCCUUUACCUCAGCGAAUGUGUUUCAGCAGAUGUCUCUGGCAGAAAUGGCUGGCAUGUAUGGAGGCGUUGGAUCUGCGAGGGACACUGGUGAUGAGACUGCGAGCGAACUCCCUCUAAACGCUGCUCAAAAGGAAGAGCUCACCAAGUUCAUUCCUCCUGACAUUGACCCAUCCAAUGUCUCGGACUUUUUCCCAUGCAGUCAUGGGCAGCAAUGGCAGCUGAGCAGUCAAAAAGAUGGCGCCUUUCUGUUUCGCUUCUCUGGCCCACUCCAGGUUGACCGUCUUCAAACUGCAUGUCGGCGUCUGGUUCAGACACACUCUUCACUACGAUCCCUUUUCACUUUGCAUGAUGGAAGAUUCAUGCAAGUUAUCUUGAAGGAUAUUGACGAUUUCCCAUUCACAAUCCGGCAUAGCAAUAGCCCCACGCAAGACCCUCUAUCGUUUGCAAAAGACCUGUGUGCCAUUGAGCCUGCCGCUGAGCGCCCUGUUCGACCACUGCAGUUCACCCUGAUUCCAGGCUCCUCAGGACAAGAACAUGUCCUCAUUCUCCAUCUUUCACACAGCCAAUACGACGGCAUCUGCCAGCAAACACUGAUCUCCGAUCUAUGUGCCUUGUACCAAAACCCCUCUGACCCAGGGGUAGUCCCAACAAACUUCGCUCAUUACGCGCGCCAUCUCGCACGCCCGCAGACAGCAGACGAAUCUGCCUUCUGGAAGAACUUUCUCGAGGGCUCAAAGAUAACCAGACUACCAACCCCUCCUCAAAACCCCAGCCAGAAGGUCAUUUUCCUCGAUUGCGCAACUACCAUACCAAUCCCUGACAAGCCCCUGCCCACCGGAGUAACGCUCGCCACAGUCGUGAAAGCCGCGUGGUCCCAUGUCCUCCGAAAAGCAACAGGGAGCCAAGACAUCGUAUUCGCCCAGUACGUCGCCCUCAGAGAUCUGGAGAGCGUCCCACAGGCCCACCGACUAGUCGGGUUCUGUGUGAAUUCGUGCCCGGUCCGCGUCGAUUUCAACGGCAGCAGCGGCAGCAAUAACAAGCCCAUAAAGACAGCUCUAGACCUUCUCCAUGCUCUGAAAACCCAACAUACGCAGACUAUCCCGUUCAAGGCGUCGCAGUGGGACUAUACCGUUUCGAACAACACGGACUGGCCGCGAGGCAGUGAGACGCAGAGUACACAUAUACACGAGAACUUUGACAUUGAGAAAGCAUUUGAUCUAGGCGGGGGUUUGCGGUGUGAGCUGGUUGACUACCUUGGUAUUUUCCCGCCGUUGGAUGCUAUGAGGAGGAUAGGCUGGAGUAUCUGCUGGGGGAGUUGA